CACACAUGCAGAGACCUCAGAGUGUUGCUGCGGAUAUUUCCUCUUUUCAAGCCCUUCACAAGAUGUCUACAUCAGAAGAUGACUCUGUUAUAACUCAGGAGGAGCUGGAAGAACUUAAAGAAUUGAUAUCUACUCAUGAUCUGUCAUCAGCUGCUGACACCAUCAAACAUUUCCUCGAACAGCAAGAUCGUGUAGAACUUAAUAUUGCUGUGACGGGGGAAUCUGGUUCUGGAAAGUCCACAUUUAUCAAUGCUUUUAGGGGUUUGGAAGAUGACGAUGAGGAUUCAGCUAAAACUGGUGUAGUGGAGACCACUAAAGAACCCAAAGCUUACAAACACCCAAAAUAUAAAAAUGUGAAACUCUGGGAUCUUCCUGGAAUCGGAACACCAAACUUCAAAGCUCACGAGUACCUUAAACUUGUUCAGUUUGAGCGCUAUGAUUUUUUCAUCAUAAUCGCUUCAGGUCGUUUCAGAGAAUGUCACGCUGACCUGGUCAAAGAGAUCAAGAGAAUGAAGAAGAAUUUCUAUUUUAUUCGUUCCAAGACUGAUUUGAGUAUUGAUGCUGAAAGAAGAAAGAAACACUUUGAUGAGAAAAAGACGCUGGACAACAUACGAGAGGACUGUGUUAACGGUCUGAGAGAGAUCGGUGUAGAGGAUCCUGUUGUGUUCUUGAUUUCUAGUUGGCAUCUCAACAAGUAUGAUUUUAAUUCACUGCAUGAGAGGAUGGAGACUGAACUCCCACAACACAAGAGACAUGUGCUGAUGUUGACUGUACCAAAUAUCACAACAGAGAUUAUUGAGAGAAAGAAGAAAUCUCUAGAGAAAAACAUUUCAAGAGUAGCUUUUUUAUCUGCUGGUGCGGCUGCAGUUCCUGUUCCUGGUCUUUCAGUUGCUGUAGAUAUAGCUCUGUUAGUAAAUGAGAUACAAAAGUACAAGACUGUAUUUGGUCUGGAUGAUGAAUCUCUGAAGAGGAUCAGUGAAAGAUGUGGGAAGAGUAUUGAGUUUCUAAUGAGUGAGGUGAAAUCAAUUGUGUGUGAAGGAAUAACAACUAAUUCAAUUAUUCUUCUGCUGAAACAAAGCUCUCUAUAUGUAGCAGAAGAAGCUGUUGAGCGUGCUGUUAGUUUUAUACCCAUUAUAGGCUCUCUUGUGGCUGCAGGAUUGUCUUUUUUUACAGUUUCAUACAUGCUGAAGAAAAUUCUGAAUGAAAUAGCUGAAGAUGCCAAGAAUGUGCUUCUGGCAUCACCGGAGACUGAACUCCCAGAACACAAGAGACAUGUGCUGAUGUUGACUGUACCAAAUAACACAACAGAGACCAUUGAGAGAAAGAAGAAAGCUCUAGAGAAAAACAUUUCAAGAGUAGCUUUAUUAUCUGCUGGUGCGGCUGCAGUUCCUGUUCCUGGUCUUUCAGUCGCUGUAGAUAUAGCUCUGUUAGUAAAUGAGAUACAAAAGUACAAGACUGCAUUUGGUCUGGAUGAUGAAUCUCUGGAGAGGAUCAGUGAAAGAUCUGGGAAGAGUAUUGAGCUUCUAAAGAGUGAGAUGAAAUCAGUUGCGUGUGCAGGAAUAACUAUUAAUUCAAUUAUUCUUCUGCUGAAACAAAGCUCUGUUCUUGUAGCAGAAAGCAUUGUUGAGCAUGUUGUUAGUUUUAUACCCAUGAUAGGAUCUGCUGUGGCUGCAGGAAUGUCGUAUGCAACAGUUUCAUACAUGCUGAAGGAAAUUCUGAACGAAAUAGCGGAAGAUGGCAAGAAUGUGCUGAUGUACAUCAAACAUGAGGCUGACAUGUAAUUAUAUCAGACACAUUUAGAGUAUAUAGCUGCUCCAGUAGCUUAAUUUCUACCAGCAAUCAAAAGUAGUCUAGAGUUCUACAUUGUGUAGGGAUACUUAAAAAAUAUAUUUUUUUAUUUUUAUAACUUACAUACAGUUUAUUAUAUUUGUAAUAAUUUGUAUGACUUUAAAUUCCUUUUAAAAAUGUUUAUAAUAGUAAAAAUAAAAAAAAAUCAGUAUAGAUUGAAACAACAAAUAAAUGAGA